AUGGUUCUAACCAGGUUAUCUGAAAAUUUCAGGGAACAUCAUCCAGAAAAUGUUUUUUCAUCCAUGGAAACAAUUAUGACCCUUGUUAUAGAGGAAAGUGAAGAUAUAUCCUUAGGUCUUCUGUCUCCACUACUGGACAGCAUUAGGAAAGACAACGAGGAAGUUUUUCCAAUUGCCCAAAAAUUGGGGGAGAGGAUCCUUGAAAGUUGUGCAACCAAGCUCAAACCCUACUUGGUUCAAGUGGUGAAAUCCUUGGGUAUAUCCAUGGAUGAUUAUAGUUCUGUACUUGCUUCAAUAUGCCAAGAUACAUCUGAUGAUCUGGAGAAAAAUGAUACCUGUGUGACUAGUGAGCAUGUUGAAGAUAAGAGUGAGUCAGCAAAACAAUCACUGGAGGAGUCAACUCGUGUGGUUAAAAAGGAUUCAAGGGAAGUUACAUCCUCUCAACAAGAAAAUCCCGAUGCGAAUAAAUCUCCUAACUCAGUCAUGAGCUAUGGUGUUACAUGUGUUGGAGAAGAUACUGCUUUAACUGAUUCCAAUCCCAUCAAAAAGCAAGAGGAUGCUGAUUGCUCUAAUCACUCUGAAGGGUUGAAUAUAUCUGGUCAUGAGGUGCGUAAAGAUUUGGACAUUGAAAUGGUUGACAAUAGUAAAAAAACAGCAGGAAAAUCUACCAAGAGAUCACGAAAGAAAUCAAGCUCUUCAUCUAAAUCCACAAAGCCUUCCCAGGCUCUAGUUGCUACUAAUGAGAAGGAAACUGAGAAAAUGCGUGACUAUGAAAGCAACAGCAAAAUAAUUCCCAGUUCCCCACAUGAGGAGCAUUUUGUUGAAGCAGCAGGACCUUCAGGGAAUAACAAAGAAAAUGAUGCUAAGAUUUCUUUAUCAAAGGCAUUCAAUGAUGAAUCUGAAGUUGAGGUUUCGAUUCCAAGUGAAAGCCUCUAUGAUGAAAAUCAUUCCAAGAAAUUUGGACGAUCAAAAAAGAAAUAUGAUCCUGUAAAAGAAGGUGCUGCAGUUGAUGUUUCAAAGGUUUCUGGAGGAGCUAGUGAUUCAGAAGCUAAACCUGGUAGGCGGUCAGUGAAAAAGGCACUUAGUCAAAAGUCUGAUGUGAAAAAAACUAGUGUGGAAGAUUCAGUAAAAAAAGGAAGUGGGGCAACAAAUAAUGCUGAUGCAAAAAAGUACUCAGCCAAGAAAUUAGAUGAAAACAAAAAGGGUGGUGGUGGUGGAUCCUCUUCAAGGCAGAUGGAAGACAGGAGAAAGGGAGGGCGGGGGAAAGAGAAGUCUGAAACAGAUGUAGCAAAAACAUCUGCAAUGGAUGUGGACAAGGAAAUGGUUUCUUCUCCGAGGUCUGGUAUUAAAUCAACUAAAUAUGAAAGUUCAGAGGAGACUCCCAAGACAAGUGUGAAAAGGAAACAUACUGCAGGAGAUGAGUCUGAUACGAAAGAAUAUGGUGAAAACCUUAUCGGUUUACGGGUCAAAGUUUGGUGGCCUAAGGAUCGUGAGUUUUACAAAGGUGUUAUUGAUUCUUUUGAUUCUUCCAAAAAGAAGCACAAGGUCUCUUAUGAUGAUGGUGAUGAAGAAGUAUUAAAUCUUGUGAAGGAAAAAUGGAAGGUCAUUAAAGAGGACUCAGAUGCAGAAGAGGAUGAACGAAGCGACCACCCAAGUCUUGAUGCUUCCACUGAUGUGCCCCCAAAGAAGAAAGGGAAAACAAGUGCUGGUCAAUCAACUAAGCAAGGAAAGAUGGAUGCUUCUUCCAGAAGUGGGGGAACAACAUCAUCUAGUAGAUCAAAAAGUGUAUCCAUGAAAUCUAGCCACAACUCCAAGACUAUUAGGAAAUCUGAGGAUGAAAUUAAUAGAAAAUCCAAGGACAGCACUCCUAAAAGUGUUAGCAAUAAAUCUAUUGUUUCUGCUAAAAAAAUGAGUGAUAAAUUGAAAAACAUUGAUACUUCGAAGACCAGGGAAUCAAAGGAUGAUGAUAAUACCACACCAAAGACCUCUUCCAAGUCUAAGCAAGAAAUUAUAAAAAGUGGAAAAUCCGAGAAAGCAACCCUAAAGACUGCCAUGUCCAGAGGAAAACCUCUGAAAAGUGGUGGAAAGACUGAUGUUAAUGGUACCGGCAAGGUGAAAUCUGGUUUAUUGAAGAAAAAAAAAUUUGAGAAUGAGAAUUCAGAAGGAGAGGUAGAAGAUGCCAAGGGCAAGACUUCAACUUCAUUUAAGGCUCAAGAAAGUGAGCCUAAGAGUGGAAAGAAGCGGCGGAGAACUUAG